AUGUCUACAACAGAGAACGAGCAGCUCCCCACCCUUCCUUCGGACCUCACGGCCGAAUGGUUCGGGGCCAAGCUCGGCCACGAGGUCAAAUCUGUGGAGAACACGCGCAACAUCUGGGGCACGGCAUCCAAGCUGUUCUACACCAUCACGUACGAGCAUGAGAGCAGCGAGGAGAGGCCGACGCAUGUCUGUGUCAAGGGCGUCUUCGACCCCAAGAUGAUCGAGGCCCAGCCUUGGACCGUCAGCCUUGCCCAGCGCGAGGCCGACUUCUUCACAAAGGUUGCGCCGUCGGUUCACCACAUGCUCUUCCCCAAGGGAUGGUGGAGCGGCACGAGUGAGAAACAGGGCAUCGCCAUCAUGAAUGACCUAGCGAGUGAGGGUUGCACCUUUCCCCCAGAGGUCGCGGCGUACUCGGUCGAGCAGGUCAAGAAUGGUGUUGAGCAGCUGGCUGGUCUUCACGCGCAGUACUGGGGUCAGAGCCAGGACGAUCACCCCUGGAUCUGGAAUAACUAUGACCCAGCCAUGAAGUUCAUGUGCGUGCCCUGGGAUGAAGUCGUCCGCAGGCCUGGCCGUCCUCAGCUGCCCGAGUACCUCAUGGAUGGGACACGGUGUAACGAGGCUCUUGACCGUUACUACGCCGAGCGUAACCCCCGGUUCAGGACUCUUCUCCACGGAGACACGCACAUUGGCAACAUCUACUUCACAGCUGAUGGUAAAAUCGGCUUCUUGGAUUGGUCUGCCUUCCACUUCGGCUCCUGCUUCCAUGACGUUGUCUACCACAUGACGGCCAUGCUAAGCGUCGAGGACCGACGAGCUCACGAGAUGGAGAUCCUCGACCACUACCUCGAGACACUGCACAGUCUCGGCGGGCCUAAGUUUGACCGCCACAACGACCCCGAGGUCAUGAUCGAGUACAGACGCUCCUUCAUGACAAACGUCAUCUGGCUCAUCUGCCCGGAUGGCCUGCAGAGCAAGGAGCGUAUUGAAACCCUGUGCGAGAGGACUGUUGCUACUUAUGACGACCACAAGGUUAUUGAUGUUAUUCUGAACCAGCCCAAGCCGGAGCCCAAGUCAGAGUCUUGA